AUGGAGAAGCUCCCUGGGGUGCCGCUAGUCGACUAUUGGACAUACGACCCUGAGAAGCGCGAGAAGAUCAGGUGUGCAUUUCGGGAAAGCCUAAUGGAACUGUACAGCGUCGGUAUUCGCCCGGGUGAUACACAUCGUGGCAAUGUCUUGUAUGAUGAGAAGGAGAACAAAUGCUGGUUCAUUGACUACGAGGAUUUUUACAAAAUGAGAAAUGGUUUGAGGAGGAAAUUCCGUGAUGGCGAAUAUGUCAUGUGGAAUAUGGCAUUUUAUAAUGCUGACCAAGAGGUGGUAUUUCGUUAA